AUGAUCGACGACACUCUCAAGCGCCCUGCAUCAACAGACUAUACCACCUCACACCCCGUGAAAUCACAAAAGAUCAUCAGCAACAAUAACAACAACGACAUGCCUUCCGCGGUCUCUACCGGUUCCAACAUUGUUGGUGGAAACUCGGCUGCUCGCCCCCGCUUGAGCAAGCCGCUCGUCUACUCCGGCUCUCUGGACAACUUCAAGAACGCAGACAUCACCCCUGUCAUCGGGCGUGAGUAUGAGGGCCUGCAGGUUGUUGACCUCCUCAAGGCGGACGACCAGGUCAUUAGAGAUUUGGCCGUCACAAUUUCUCAGCGUGGUGUCGUCUUCUUGAGGGACCAGGAUGUGACGCCCACCCAAAUGAAGGAUUUCUGCCUCCGUCUCACAGAGCUUGCCGGAUGUCCCGAAUCAUCAGGCCUUCACAUCCACCCCCUGACAGAAGAAGGUAGCGAGCUCGGUGACCAAAUCAGCGUCAUCAGCAGCGAGAAACAGAAGAAGGGCGGCGGCCUCACCCACCAACUGAGCGAUGUCAGCCGCUUCGCCAGCGCCGGCUGGCACACCGACAUCUCUUUCGAGCAGGUCCCCUCGGACUACGCAAUGCUCAAGAUCCACACCCUUCCCGCCACCGGUGGUGACACUCUAUGGGCUUCUGGAUAUGAGAUCUACGACAGACUCUCCCCGCCCAUGCAGAAGUUCCUCGAAGGGCUGACGGCCACCCACGACGCCACAUUCUUCCACGACGAGGCCCGCAGGCUGGGUAACCCCCUCCGAGAAGGCCUCCGCGGCUCGCCGCUGAACAAGGGCUCCGAGCUCAAGUCCAUCCACCCCGUGAUCCGUACCAACCCCGUAACGGGAUGGAAGUCCGUCUACGUGAACAAGGGCUUCACCAAGCGCAUCAACGGCGUCACAAAGGACGAGUCCGACGUCCUCCUCGCCUACCUCUUCAACCUCGUCACCCAGAACCACGACGCCCAGGUCCGCUUCAAGUGGCGCCAGAACGACCUCGCCAUCUGGGACAACAGGAGCAUGUGGCACUGCGCCACCUACGACUACGUCGAGGCCAGGGCCGGCGACCGUGUUGCGUCGUUGGGCGAGGCGCCGUAUCUCGAUCUGAACAGCACAGGUAGACGUGAGGCGUUGGGACUGUGA